AUUAAAUUCCUUGUUCAUUUUGCCAUUUUUCAGUAGAUCGAUCAAAUCUACCAUACAUAUGGAAACAAAAACGGUUCCGUCAAAUUCAAUCAAGUCCGCAGCAUGCAACGGCGUCGUUCCAGCCGAGGCGACCCUCGGCCAGCACCUAGCGCGGCGGCUCGUGCAGAUCGGCGUGAGUGACGUGUUUUCGGUACCCGGCGAUUACAAUAUGGCGCUGCUCGAUUACCUCGUAGCCGAGCCGGGGCUCAACUUGAUCGGCUGCUGCAACGAGCUCAAUGCGGGCUACGCCGCCGACGGAUACGCCCGGGCCCGCGGCGUCGCUGCGUGCGCGGUCACGUUCACCGUCGGAGGGCUGAGUAUCCUGAACGCGAUCGCGGGCGCGUACAGCGGGAGUCUCCCGGUGAUAUGCAUCGUGGGAGGUCCGAGCUCGAACGAUUACGGAUCGAACCGGAUCCUGCAUCACACAAUCGGGUUGCCGGAUUUUAGCCAGGAGCUGCGUUGCUUCCAAACAGUCACCUGCUAUCAGGCUGUGGUGAAUAAUUUGGAGAAUGCGCGUGAGCUGAUAGACACGGCGAUAUCAAGCGCGCUCAAGGAGAGUAAGCCGGUGUAUAUAAGCGUCAGCUGCAACUUGCCGGGCAUUCCACUCCCGUCGUAUACACCUCAUCCUCUGCCAUUGUCUACCUUCCCAAAAGAGAGCAAUCAAACGAGUCUAGAGGCAGCAGUCAAAGCCGCAGUGUCAUUCUUGAACAAGGCAUCGAAACCAGUGAUGGUGGGAGGUCCCAAAAUGCGAGCCGCAAAUGCAAGCAACGCCUUCCUAAAACUGGCAGACGCUUGCGGCUACCCUGUUGCCGUAAUGCCGUCUGCCAAAGGCCUAAUCCCCGAGCACCACCCUCAUUUCAUGGGCACCUACUGGGGCGUAGCGAGCACACCGUUUUGUGCAGAGACUGUUGAAUCUGCCGAUGCGUACCUCUUUGCUGGACCUAUCUUUGACGACAUAAAUACACUAUGCUACUCUCUGCUUCUCAAGAAGGCCAAGACAAUACUAGUGGAGCCCGACCGCGUGGUCAUAGGAAAUGAUGGCCCGACAUUUGAAUGUGUUGGAAUGAAGGACUUCUUGUCUUCUCUUACCGGAAUGGUUAGGCAUAAUGCAACUAGCUAUGAGAAUUAUAGUAGGAUGUAUGUUGAAGAUGGAUGUCCUCGGAAUAGCGAGGAAAAUGAGGCGUUGAGGGUGAAUGUUCUGUUUCAGCAUAUUCAGAAGAUGUUGUGUGGAGAGAUGGUUGUGGUUGCUGAAACAGGGGAUUCUUGGUUUAAUUGUCAGAAACUGAAAUUGCCAUCUGGAUGUGGGUACGAGGUUCAGAUUGAAUAUGGGUCGAUUGGUUGGUCCGUUGGUGCGACACUGGGCUAUGCUCAAGCUGCACCAGAGAAGCGUGUGGUUGCUUGCAUCGGCGAUGGUAGUUUUCAGAUGACAGUGCAGGAGGUGUCAACGAUGCUUACGUGUGGUCAAAAUAACAUAAUCUUCUUGAUAAACAAUGGCGGCUACACUACCGAAGAAGUGAUUCAUGAAGGGCCUUAUAAUGUGAUCAAGAAUUGGAAUUAUACUGGUUUGGUUGAUGCAAUCUGCAACGACCAAGGAAAAUGCUGGACCACUAAGGUUGGAUGCGAGGAAGAAGUGAUUGAAGCCAUUGAUGGGGCCAUGGGAGCUUAUAAAAAUUGCUUGUGUUUCAUUGAGGUGAUACUUCACAAGGAUGAUACCAGCAAAGAACUUCUGCAAGUGGGUACCAGGUUUUCUGCAGCUAAUAGUCGGCCUCCAAAUCCACCCUAUUCCUCUAUGUGAUGUGAUUGAGUGUAUCCAAAAUCAAUACAAUUAUCUAUAGAGGUGUAUUGAAUAAUACUCCCUCCGUCCUGCUUUAGGAGUUCCGGUUGAGUCGGGCACAUGUUUUAAGAAAGUGUUUGAGUGUGUAAUAAAUAAAUAUUGUUGUGGAAGUUGGGAUUCACUUUUAA